AUGCUCGACUUGGCAGGCGGGUUGCCAGUGUCGGUUUCGAAAGCGGAUGAUAAAAAGCAUGUGAAGCGAGUUGUUGAGCUCAGACAUGGAGACACACACCGAGACUGUGACCACGCAAGCUGCUUUGACAGGAUUUUCUCUGCUCUAACCGUCGAUGAUGUGUAUGAAAUAGCCAAACUGAUCGGCACCGAAGUAGAAAAACUUAUCGAUGGCUACGGCAAAGAGAGCGUCGAGGGUCUGGUGCCGAAAAUAGUAAAAGUGUUGGAGUUGCUGGAGUGCUUCGCCUCCAGGAAUCAUGCUCACAAAUUGAGGGAAGAGGAGCUACUGAAGACCUUCGAGACAAUACAGCUACAGCAGCAGAAGAAACGAGGAGGGAAAGACAACGAGGAGGGUAACGAUAAAAAUGAAAUACGGGAAAGGAGCUGCAGCAUAAGGAGGCAACAAUGGAAGAGGAUGUGUGAAGAGCUACGUCAGCUGCAGCAGCUCCAGGAGGACAGGGAGGAGCUGCAGAGCAGACUGAAGGGCAGCCAUGCACAGGAAGAUCGUGUUCAGCGGCAGGAACGGGAGGUUAUGCUAAAAGCUGAAGCGGUAGUGGACAAGCAGAGAGAUGAGCUGCGGGCCAAAGUCCAGGAGAUCACCACCAUCUCCAAAGAAGUGGAGGCGCUUCAGGAGCAGUUGGAGCGCUUCAUGAAAAUGAAUGCAGAGCUGCGACACAAACAGAAUGUGCUGCAGGCGCAGCUGAAGAGUUCUGUGGAGAGGAAGGCCGACAUGGAGGCUGACCUUAAGGAGAAAAGCAAAGAGAUUGAAAAACUCCAGGAACAGCUGGAUCGUACCAACAGUAACAAUCCUUCUAGUCCAAGUCAGGCAGAAAAAGAAUCCACCAAAAAGUCAAAGGCUGAUCAGAAGGAUCCUGAUCAGCCUUGUUUCACCAAGAAGGAGGUGCGUGACAUCCUUUUUGAGAGGAACGAACUGAAAACCAACCUCUUCUUGGUGCAAGAGGAGCUUAAGUACUAUCAAAGGGAAAUAUUGAAUGAGGAGAGAUGUCCAGGUUUCCUUUUAGAAGCUGUUCGCUCUGCCAUCAAUAAAAGACGGAAGUUGAUUAAGGCCAAGAUGUUGGGGAUUCCUGUAAAUGAAUGCAGCAGCAGUGAUGAUGAAGAAAGGAGUUCUUCAUUAGGGCGGACAGAAGUGGAUGGGUCAGACAAACCAGCUGAGUCACGUAUCCAAAACCUCUUUGGUUUCCUAACGAGGUCGGGCAGUAGCAAGAGUCCCACCCACAUGAGCAACUCCGCCUCCAGCUGGGAAAUCAUCGGAGAUGCAGAGGCCAGUGAGGAGGCAGAGCAGCGGCUGUCUUCUUGAGCCUGGUACCGAGUUUGCAAUGUGGGAUUUCUUCAAGUUUGUCAGACACCCCUCUUUCCUCAGUCACACGCUUUCAGCAGGACAUGUAUUUUGUGGUUCAGGAAACAAUUAUUUGGGUAUUUGAAUGCAAGCUUACUUUUUAAUGGUGGUUGCAAUCAUAGUUAUUUAUUAAUUUCACUCAUGCUAAAUGUUAGGAACACUUUCUGACUACUGUAUAAAUGGCACAGUGUGUAUUAAGAGGGGACACUGUUUUGGUUUUUUUAUUUUGUAAUAUUCAGGUAUUAAAGCAACAAUCAUGUUAUUCAUCAUUGUAAGAAAAGUUUUCAUGCUAAGAGGUUUUUAAAAUUCUGUCACAUAUAUACAUAUUAUUUGCAUCAAAUAUUCUUUUGCAAAAACCAAAGAAAAUAUGAGUUCUUUAAUAUGCUGCCUCCUUUUACUUUGAAUUAUUUUCAAAUAGAAGAUGAAUUUAUAUGAGGAAGAAAUCCUAAAGAGAUUUAAAUAUUCUGUCCUCUCUUUUUCUUUAAUAAUUCUGGAUUGAUUUAUUUACCAGUAUAUUCAGAUAUUUUAUUCUUGAAUGAAGACUUUUUGUCAUAAGAUCUAAAGUUUAUUUACUUUAUAUCUAAAAAAGGUUUUGAACUGUAUUAUCUUUAGCACUUCAUCUUCUGUUUUUUAAAAAGAAAUUGGAAAGAAAUUCUCAAAUUCUCAAACAGUUCACAAAAAAACAUUUACAAUUUCUCAACUUAUGCAUAUUUGGACAUAUAUAAUAACAUUAUUCCUAAUUAGAAUAUUUAAAUGUACAUAUGGAGACUCAGGAGACAGAAACAGAAAUAUAUGUUUCUAGUUACUGUUUCUACACAGUCUUCAUAUAAAGAAAAACAAACUUUUUUGAGAUGUGAAACCCAAGCUGACAUAGCAUGGGAUGUCCCAAAUAUCUCCUAUGGUGAUGUGAAAUACAGUAAAUUAAGUUCACCUCUGUUCCACAAGGAGACAUCUACCGAAGCCGAGAGCGGCCGUUAUCGGCUAUUAUGCUUUUUGUUAUAAUCGUUAUUCCGAGAUGACGGGUUAAUUUUCCCAUAGUCUGAAGAUAACGAGGACCAUUUUGUCGUGAUAAGGGGAUAAACUCGAGAAAACAAAGUUUGUUUUCUCAAGAUAACAAGAUGAUUAAGGUGGGCUCAAAACUAAGUGUGUGACACCUGAUUUCAUUUAUCAAAACAGGCCCCAUGACAGCUGGUGGGAGGGGCUACAGUCGUGGUGUAAAUGUGUAAUUAUGUAAAUGAGUGAUUGGUAAAACUUAACAGUCAGACAUGUCACAAUUUCAGUGAGUAAAAUCAGACGUAUUGAUCAGCGAUUGAAGUAUCUCGAUCUGAUAUCAGCUUGUGUCCAUUGCUGUACUAAGGCAUCUCAGUACAGAGCAGCUCUGUUUCCCCGGCAACACUGACAGCCCUGCAGAGCUCCUUCAGACCCAGACUGCUGCAUCCAAAGCUUGGAGGUCUGUGAUUUUCCCAGUAGACCACAAACACACUCAAUUACAUGUCUUAAUUCUUACUGUAUACAUUAACAACAAGUAGGUUUCUGGGGGGAACCUGUGUGGAGUUUGUAUGUUCUCCCCAUGUAUGCAUGGGUUCUCUCCCCCGGCUUCCUCCCACAGUCCAAAGACAUGCAUAUUAGGCUGAUUUAAGUCUCUAAAUUCUCGUUAGGAGUGACUGCGAGUCUGAUUGAAUAUUUUUCAUUCUGUGUUGGUUCUGUGAUGGACCAGGAGCAGCUCCAGCCCCCUUGCAACUCUGCAUUUGAAUGAUCCGUUACCUCAAGAAAACUAUGUUUGUUUUCUCAAGAUAACAAGAUAAAUUAUCCCGUUAUCACGAGAAAAUGGUGUUAAAAAAAUAUGCAAGCCUGGCCGCUGCUAGCUUCCGCACGUUUCCUAGUUUUAUUAAAAAUAUGCCAUCAACUAUUUUAAGAGAUAAAUUUAUGUAUAUGUAGUCAUGUAUUUCUCUGUAAUGCAUAAAAUGCAUCAAAUAAUUGUACCAUUGUACCAGUUUCUUCCAGCAGUGAGUGUGUUUUAACCACUGCCAUCUUAACUUGCUGCUUGUAUUAUUAAAAAUCUAUUUUCUUAAUUUUAAGCCAUCAGUCCUUGGAAAGAACCAAAGUAUUUGACUGCUAUAUAUUUGAUGGUGGUGCCAUAUGUUUGUGUUUGUCUGGUGUACUAGACUCUGAAGAUUGAAUAUUGUUUUAUAAAAUUGAAAUGAUUGGCUUCCUUGUUGAAUUGAAGAAAUGGUGUGCCAAAUAUGUUUUGGCCCCAUCACCUCCAGCUGACGUGUCAGCAUGAUGCCAUCAUCUGUAUUGUGUCUAACUCUUGAUUUGCUCGUCAUGUCUUUUCAUAUCUCUUUGCAGAAAGGCCAGUGGUAUGUCAUUGAGAGACAUUAAAUGAAUGUCCAAUGAAA